CGGCGGGAGGGGCCGCCUGGGGGAGGGGGGUGGCUCGGCCGCCUUAUUAGCGCCCGGCGAGUCGCGGGCAGAAAGCAGACGGCCCGGGCCGCGAGCAACCAGAGAAGGCGAGCGGCCCACUCCUCCCUCCUCCUAGGCGGCCGCCUCCUCCCCUCGUCCUCCCGCCCCCACUGCGUGUGCGGCGGGGGCUCCGGGGCUCGCGCUGCCUCUUUCUCCCGCUCGCUGGGCUCCGGUUCCACUUCCCCCGGCCGCCGCGCUCCCGGGACCCGAGCAGUCUCCGUGCUUAGCCUCGGCGGCCCACGGUGCUCCUAGAGCCUCGCAAAAACAGCCCCGGGCAGAGAGUGGGACGCCCCGGUCCCUUCCCCCGCUUGGGUCUGCUUCUGCCCGGCUCGCAGCACCUUCUGGCUCCCGCACAGUCGGCUUGGGAGGACAGGGUGAGAAGGUGAAGUGGAAAGGACCGACAGGGCACGGGGCCAGGCGCACAGCUCACAUUGCCUUUUCAUUGAGCAAAGAAAGCCCAAGAUUACUAUUUUUUAAAAGCUCUGCAACCCCCCUUCCCCUUCUCCAUUUUCUUUGAGCUUUUUAAAGGAAACUUAUUUUGGGGUGGUUUGCGCUGGGGUAGCUGCUUUGCCCAGUAGUUGCGAAGUGCACUCGACUCGUGAUGGUGUUCCUGUCACUUUGGUUGAUAGCAGCCUCUCUGGUAGAGGUUAGGACGUCAGCUGAUGGACAAGCUGGUACUGAAGAAAUGGUGCAAAUAGAUUUACCAAUAAAGAGAUACAGAGAGUAUGAGCUGGUGACACCGGUUAGCACAAAUCUAAAAGGACACUAUCUUUCCCAUAUUCUUUCUGCAAAUCACAAAAAGAGGUCACCCAGGGAUGUGUCAUUUAACUCAGAGCAAUUGUUCUUUAAUAUCACUGCAUUUGGAAGAGAUUUUCAUCUUCGACUAAAGCCCAACACUCACUUCAUUGCUCCUGGGGCUGUUGUGGAGUGGCAUGAGACAUCUCCAAGGCCUGGGAAUACAACUGACCCCGGAAACAGUGCUGCGGAAAAAGUCUGGAGAUCAGAGCCUUUGCAGACAAGCUGUGCUUAUGUUGGUGACAUCAUGGACAUUCCAGGAACCUCUGUUGCCAUUAGCAACUGUGAUGGUCUGGCCGGAAUGAUAAGAAGUGACACUGAAGAAUAUUUCAUUGAACCCUUGGAGAGAGGGAAGCAAAUGGAGGAAGAAAAGGGAAGAAUUCACGUUGUCUACAAGAGGGCAACUGUGGACCAGGCCCCCAGAGGUGUGUCAGAAGACGUCUACAACAGGGAGUCGGAUUUGGAAGGCCUUGAUGAUCUAGGCACAGUUUACAGCAACAUUGGCCAGCAGCUGAAUGAGACAAUGAGGCGCCGCAGACACUCGGGAGAGAACGAUUACAACAUCGAAGUGCUUCUGGGAGUGGAUGACUCUGUGGUCCGUUUCCAUGGCAAAGAACAUGUUCAAAACUACCUCCUCACCCUGAUGAACAUUGUAAAUGAAAUCUACCACGAUGAGUCCCUUGGCGUGCACAUAAAUGUGGUCCUGGUGCGAAUGAUUAUGCUUGGUUACGCAAAGUCUAUCAGCCUCAUAGAAAGGGGGAACCCAUCCAGGAGCCUGGAGAACGUGUGCCGCUGGGCCUGCCAGCAGCAAAAACCUGAUCCCAACCAUGCUGAGCAUCAUGAUCAUGCCAUUUUCUUAACCAGGCAAGACUUUGGGCCUGCUGGAAUGCAAGGAUAUGCUCCAGUCACAGGCAUGUGUCACCCAGUGAGAAGUUGCACCCUGAAUCAUGAAGAUGGGUUUUCGUCUGCUUUUGUAGUAGCCCAUGAAACUGGCCAUGUGUUGGGAAUGGAGCAUGACGGGCAAGGCAACAGGUGUGGCGAUGAGACCGCCAUGGGCAGUGUCAUGGCACCCCUGGUACAAGCUGCCUUCCAUCGAUACCACUGGUCGAGAUGCAGUGGCCAGGAAUUGAAGAGAUACAUCCAUUCCUAUGACUGUCUCCUUGAUGACCCCUUUGAACAUGAUUGGCCCAAACUUCCAGAACUUCCUGGAAUAAAUUAUUCCAUGGAUGAGCAAUGCCGUUUUGAUUUUGGUGUUGGCUACAAAAUGUGCACUGCGUUCCGAACCUUUGACCCAUGCAAACAGCUGUGGUGCAGCCAUCCCGAUAACCCAUAUUUCUGUAAGACCAAGAAGGGGCCACCACUCGAUGGGACCGAGUGUGCUGCUGGGAAGUGGUGCUAUAAGGGACACUGCAUGUGGAAGAAUGCUAACCAACAAAAACAAGAUGGCAACUGGGGGUCAUGGACCAAAUUUGGCUCCUGUUCCAGGACAUGUGGAACUGGUGUUCGUUUUAGAACACGCCAGUGCAAUAAUCCCACGCCCAUCAAUGGUGGUCAGGAUUGCCCUGGCGUUAAUUUUGAGUACCAGCUUUGUAAUACCGAAGAAUGCCAGAAGCACUUCGAGGAUUUCAGGGCCCAGCAGUGCCAACAGCGCAACUCCCACUUUGAAUACCAGAAUAGCAAACACCACUGGCUGCCUCAUGAACACCCUGACUCCAAAAAAAGGUGCCAUCUUUACUGCCAGUCCAAAGAGACCGGGGAUGUUGCUUACAUGAAGCAGUUGGUACAUGACGGAACGCGUUGUUCCUACAAAGAUCCAUACAGCAUAUGUGUGCGAGGAGAGUGUGUGAAAGUGGGCUGUGAUAAAGAAAUCGGUUCCAACAAGGUUGAAGAUAAGUGUGGGGUCUGUGGAGGGGACAAUUCCCACUGUCGAACUGUGAAGGGGACAUUUACCAGAACCCCCAGGAAACUUGGGUACCUUAAGAUGUUUGAUAUACCCCCUGGGGCUAGACAUGUGUUAGUCCAAGAAGACGAGGCUUCUCCUCAUGUUCUUGCUAUUAAGAACCAAGCAACAGGCCACUACAUCUUAAAUGGCAAAGGGGAGGAAGCCAAGUCACGGACCUUCAUAGAUCUUGGUGUUGAGUGGGAUUACAACAUAGAAGAUGACAUUGAAACUCUCCACACGGAUGGGCCUCUACAUGACCCUGUCAUUGUUCUGAUCAUACCUCAGGAGAACGACACACGUUCUAGCCUGACGUACAAGUACAUCAUCCAUGAAGACUCUGUACCGACCAUCAAUAGCAACAAUGUCAUCCAGGAGGAGCUGGAUACCUUUGAGUGGGCACUGAAGAGCUGGUCUCAGUGCUCCAGACCCUGCGGUGGAGGUUUCCAGUAUACAAAAUAUGGAUGCCGAAGGAAAAGUGACAAUAAGAUGGUGCAUCGUAGCUUCUGUGAGGUCAAUAAGAAGCCGAAACCCAUUAGACGCAUGUGCAACAUUCAGGAAUGCACACACCCACUUUGGGCAGCAGAAGAAUGGGAACACUGCAGCAAAAGCUGUGGCAGCUCCGGCUACCAGCUCCGCACUGUGCGCUGCCUCCAGCCACUCCAUGAUGGUACCAACCGCUCUGUGCACAGCAAGUACUGCCUGGGGGAGCGUCCUGAGAGCCGCCGGGCCUGUAACAGAGUGCCCUGCCCAGCCCAGUGGAAAACAGGGCCCUGGAAUGAGUGUUCAGUGACCUGUGGAGAGGGAACAGAGGUGAGACAGGUUCUCUGUAGGACUGGAGACCACUGUGAUGGCGAAAAGCCCGAGUCCAUCAGACCCUGCCAGCUGCCUCCCUGUAAUGAUGAGCCAUGUUUGGGCGACAAGUCCAUAUUCUGUCAAAUGGAGGUGCUAGCACGGUACUGCUCAAUACCAGGGUAUAACAAGUUAUGCUGUGAGUCAUGUAGCAAGCGCAGUGGUACCCUACCACCACCAUACCUUCAAGAAGCUGCUGAAAUCCAUAGUGAUGCUAUCUUUGGUCCCAGUGACCUUCCUAGGUCUCUAGUGAUGCCUACACCCUUUCUCCCUUACUACUCAGGGACCCAUGCUGAGAAGAAAUCCUUGAGUAGCACAUCUUCCAUGGCAAGUCUAAAUGCAAAUGCUGCUUUCAGAGCCAGCAGCCGACCUAGUGCUAACUUCCCCCAGGAGAAAAUCCAGGCUGGAAGAAAGAUGCUGGCCUCAGUACCAUCCUCCUCAUCCAUAAAGAUGGAUCACUUCCUUUCUGCCUCACCCGUGGCUGCUGCACCCUCCCUUGCUGCCAGUGAUUCAAUAGGUGCUUCUACCCAGACAAGAACCCCAAAGAAAGAUGGAAAGAAUAUUAGCAAGAGACAUCCAGUCAAGUCAGCCACCUCAGAGAGAUGA